AUGUCCGGCAUGUCUAAUGACCCGCGCGUUCCCCUCCAGGCGCCAUCGCUCCCGCCCAGCUCUGCCCCUCCGACCAGCUGUGAGCAACAUGGGUCAGGUACCGCCGAGUCGAACUCAAUCCCACAACCAUUGACGCCUGCAACGACCACCAGACAGUCGGUACCCUUGGGCGUCUUUUCGACCCUCUUGGGCAACAACACCACGUCUACACUUAGUGCCAAACCUAUACUGUCCAACGAACCUGUCCUCGCCCACACGCAACCACUAGAUGCACCAGAAGGCACGUCUGACUUGACGGCGAGCUCAGGCUCAGUGCCCAGUGCGACUACUACCUUGACCAACACAAUCCCACCAACUCAGUCUGCUGCAUUGCGCGCCCUGAAUGCGCCCGCCUUCCAUUCAUCGGCCUCCAAAAGCAAGUCUGCAAAGUCCACUUCUAGUCGGACAACCGUUACCAGCCAGCCCGUCGUAGUACGCACGUACUCGGGCUCGCGGCACGCUUCACGCCCUGGCUCCGGCUUCAACACCCCACGCUCAUUUGCUAUGAACGGACAAAAUCACGCUUCAGCCCUGUCAGCGGGUCUGGCAGGCAGGAGCGAGCAACUACCCUCCGUCGACGACUUCUCCUUUUCGGCAAUUCUUCGCGCUGUUGACCCUGAGAUUAGAGACGCCAUCGAUGCAAUUGCCGAGAUCUGCGCGCGAAGCAGAAUGAGUCUGGCCGACGAGUACGAUUCCCAUCUACCGCCGCAGGGAGAAAUAACAGGCGGUGGUUCGGGAUGGGCUGCCAGCACAGGGGCAUUGGUGGGACGAGGUCGUCUCAACAGAAUCAGUCAAGGAUGGACUGCUGCCGACAACACACUGAUGGCUGUGCCUGAAGCGAGUAGCUCUAGUGAAAGGUUGGCGCAAGAGGGUAGGGCAGAGAACAGUAAGAAGCGUAGCCAGUCAGCAUAUGGCAGCUUGAAGAGCGUCAUCAGUGGUGGUAGUGGCAAGAGAAAAGCCAUCGACGGUGACACUUUCCGAGAGCAAGAGGCUGGCAGCUCGAAACAGAUCGAAGCUCAGAAUGCAGGACCGGCUUGGGCGGUUCAUGCCUCGACCUCAUCUUCGCAUCCAGCCAUAACCAUUGCCGCGCCUACAGCCUCGAAGCACCUUUCCCUCGACACAUCAUCGGCAAUGCAGGGCGUUGUCGUGGAUACUGAUGGAUCGUUGAAUACCCGGCCCCAGACUGCAACACCCCGAAGAAUCCCUUCACAUCAACGCGGAGCGUCCAUGCGUAGUCUUCCAGCCUCACGAGCACGUUCUGGUACUUUGGGCUCUAUCAAAUCAUGGCUACCAUGGCCCCGGCCGGCGGGUCUCGACCAGAACAGCCGAUCAGAGCUAACAAAAGCCGAAGAUCGACUUAGAGACAUGUUGAUAUCCUCUUCGCAAAACCUCGGGAAAGGUAAAGCAACAGUCCGGGUCGUUUAA